AUGACCCCUUUCUCUGCUGAUCCCUCCAUUGGGACUCUUGGGAUUGGUGACACCAUGCAAGUAACAGUGGAGUUUCACCCGCUGAAGACAGGAGAUCAUUCCAGAUCCCUGAUAGUUCACUAUGACACAGGUGAAGAUAUUCACACAAGCCUUUAUGGAGCAGCUGUAGAUGUCAACAUCAGGCUAGACCGGAACUCCUUAACAGUUGAGAAGACUUACCUCACGCUGUCAAACCACAGAUCUGUGGUCAUCCACAAUCGGAGUGAAAUCAUAGCCCACUUCCAGUGGAAGGCUUUUGUUACUCAGGAAGAGGAGGAUCAGCAGAAGCUGAGGCUGUGUCGCAGGCUGCAGAGGCAGGAAGAAGAUGAGAUGGAUUAUUUUCUCAAGGAGUGCAUGGUGGACCCCACACUCCGAGAACGCCUUUCCCUUCUCUCCUGCACCUUCCAGAACCAGAGGGCAAAGGUGCAAGGAGAAUCCAUGCUUUUCUCUGAUGAUAUCUUCACUAUUGAUCCGGUGGAGGGAGAUAUCUGGCCAAAUUCUUCAGCUGAAAUUAAUGUGAUCUUUAAACCCCGAGAAGCCAGAGUCUAUCAACAAACGGUCUACUGCAACAUCUCAGGCCGAGAGACCAGGCUGCCCCUGCGUGUCAAAGGGGAAGGCAUAGGGCCCCGGCUCCGCUUCAGCUUUGACCAGCUGGACAUCGGGAAGGUUUUUGUUGGAUCAGCCCACAGCUAUGAGGCGAUCUUGUUUAACAAAGGAGCCAUUGAUGCUCUCUUCAACUUGGUCCCUUCAGCUACAGCUCUGGGCUCCUGCUUCACCUUUCACCCCCAGGAGGGCAUCAUUUUGCCAGACUGUCUCCAAGUCAUCCAGAUCUCUUUCAGUUCCACCAUCCUGGGGCAGUUCACAGAAGAAUUCAGGUUCAGUGUGAAUGGAUCCCCUGAGCCUGUGACCUUGACUAUCAGGGGCUGUGUUGUCGGACCGACUUUUCAUUUCAAUGUGCCUUCCCUCCGCUUUGGUGACGUCUCCUUUGGCUUUCCUCGCACCUUGUCAUGUCGCCUCACUAACACCUCCUUGGUGUCCAUGACUUUCAACCUUCGUGUUCCUGGGGAUGGCUUGGGAGAGCCCAGUGUUACCAGUUUUGUUCAGAUAUCAGGCAACACUUGCCCAUCCUGGAGAAGGGGAGCCCAAGGUCAUGUCGAGCCAACCGAAUUUACCAUAACGCCCUGCAGAGGGACCAUCCGCUCCCAGGGAUUCCUGGAUAUCCAGGUCACCCUGUGUUCCAACACUGUGAAGAGAUAUGAACUGGCACUGGUGGUGGACGUGGAUGGUGUUGGCAAGGAGGUGUUGGCAUUGCUUCUCACCGGCAGAUGUGUAGUUCCUCCACUGCGAGUGCUCAACCCUGUCAUGACGUUUGGACGGUGCUUUAUAAAAUUCCCCUAUCAGCAGAUGCUGACACUUGUGAACGACAGUGAUCUUCCAGGCUGCUACGGGGUUCUUCCUCAG